CAGAUGGAUGCCGGCCCACCCCUGCGGGCAGAGGGUUGGAACCACAGGAGCUGGUGACGUCGGGAUGAGGCUCUCAAUGCUGUUUGCUGCCUUCCUCUGGCUCCAGGGUUUCUUGGCCAAGGGAGAUGAGUGUCAUUCCCUGGCCAGGAGCCCGGACGGAGAGAGUGGAGGACCACCUCUGAAAGUCAACGUGAGCAGCCAGGGCAGGCCUACUAGCCUCUUUCUGAGCUGGGCAGCCCCAGGGCCAGACAAGCUGAGCCAUGCCCUCCGCCUCACCCACCUGAGUCCCCUGGGCUCUCCAGAAGGGCAACCGCUCCAGGCCCACACCAACACAUCCAGCUUUGAGUUCCAGGACCUGGUGCCAGGAAGUCGCUACCUGCUAGAGGUGACUGCCCUGCAAGCCUGUGGACAGAACACCACCAUCACCAUCACCGCCCACACUGCCCCAUCGACUGUCUGUAAUUUGCGGUUCUACAGCCCUGGGAGCCCAUCCAGCCUUGAGGCCUCUUGGGGGGCUGCCCCCGGGGAGCAGGAUGGCUACCAACUUCUCCUCUACCACCCAGAAUCCCAGACGCUGGUGCACAAUAUCUCCAUGCCACUGGGCACCCUGUCCUAUAAUUUCAGCCACCUCCUAGCAGGUAGUGAGUAUGUUCUGGAGGUUACUACCUGGGCUGGCAACCUCCAGGCAAAGACCAGCGUCCACCAGUGGACAGCCCCCGUGUCUCCUCCCAAGCUGGUGCUGCGGUCCCUGGGCACCAGUGCCCUACAAGCCUCCUGGAACAGCUCCGAGGGGGCUGCCUGGCUCCGCCUCAUGCUCACGGACCUCCUGGGUGGCACCAACCUGACCACGGUGGUCAGACGCGGGGUCUCCAAUCACACCUUCCUGCACCUCUCUCCAGGCACCCGCUAUGAGCUGACGCUCAGUGCUGUGGCCGGGCCCCAGCAGGUGGCGGGGCCCAAUGCCACCGAGUGGACCUAUCCCUCUGCCCCUCUGGACCUGGUGCUCAUUCCCCUGCCCUCUGCACUCUGGGCAAGCUGGAAGGCAGGGCCGGGUGCCCGCGAUGGCUACCUGCUCAGGCUGAGCGGGCAAGUGGAAAAGAACAGCACUCGGGGCCCUGGAGCCCUCAACGCCACAUUCCCGGGGCCCCUGCCCGCUGGACACUACAUUCUGGAGCUGAGGGCUCUGGCUGGGCCCUACAGUGCCUGCGCCUGGGCUAGUGCCUGGCUGCGUGAAACAGCAUCCUCUGCAGAUUCUGCUGCCCAGCCCAGACAGAGCAACGGGACCAAGUUACAGCUGGAUGGGCGGGCGGCCACUGGGGAGCCCAGGAGGGAGGCACAGCUCUAUGAUGAGGGAGCCCCAGGCCUCCUUGGAAACACCUCUGUGCCACCUGCCACCACCCGGAGCACGACCCAGAGCCUCACAGACCAUACCAUCCCUGCUCCUCCUGCCAACCUGAGCCUGGGCCUCGCCUCCCAGCCUCCUGCCCUGACGGCCUCCUGGAGCCCCCCACCCGGGGACAGGGAUGGCUUCCAGCUGUGGCUUUACCGCUUGCAGCCCCUGACUCUGGAAAGCAGGGAGACUCUGCCUCCGGAAGCUCAGAACUUCUCCUGGGCCCGGCUGCCCCCAGGCACCGAGUUCCUGGUUCAGCUGGCCACCCUGCGGGGGCCAGAUGAGAGCAGCAAAGCCAAUGCCAUAGGCUGGACGCCCCCCCUCGCCCCUCCUCUGGUAAAUGUGACCCCUGAAGGUCCCACCCAGCUCCGGGCAUCCUGGGUCCAUGCUCCUGGGUCACGAGAUGGCUACCAGGUGACUCUGUACCAGGCAGGGGCCCAGGCAGGGGCCAGCACCGUGGGAGCUGAGGUGGACAGCACGAGCUUCUCAGCUCUGACCCCAGGCACCCAGUACGAGGUGGAGAUUGUCUCGAAGGCUGGGCCCCUCCGCACGGCAGCUGUCAACGCCUCCGGCUGGACCUCCCCGCUCACGCCCAGUGAGCUGCUGGUGUCCAUGCAGGCGAGCAGCGCCGUAAUCAGCCUGGCCUGGGCCAGCGGUCGGGGGCACGGGCUGUGCCAUGCCCGACUCUCAGAGGCUGGCCGCCUCUCCUGGGAGCAGCGCCUGGGGCUCGGCCAGGCCCGCCUCAUUCUAAGGGACCUCACACCCGGACGUAAUCUCUCCCUGUCCAUCCUGUGCCAGGCGGGGCCGCUCCGGGCGUCCACUCACCCCGUGGUGCUGCCUGUUGAGCCUGGCCCUGUGGAGGACGUUCGGUGUCAGCCCGAGGCUACUCACCUGGCCCUGAACUGGAUGGUGCCCUCGGGGGACGUGGACGUCUGUCUGGUGGUGGCGGAGCAGCUGGCCACGGGAGGGGACGCAUACCUCGUCUUUCAGGCCAACACCUCGGGGGAUGCGCUCCUCGUGCCCAGCCUCAUGCCUGCCACUUCCUACCGCCUCAGCCUCACCGUGCUGGGCAGGAACGGCCUGUGGAGUCGUGUGGUCACCCUGGUGUGCGCCACCUCUGCAGAGGGCUGGCACCCCCCAGACUUAGCUGCAGCCCCCCAGCUGGAGCCAGAGGCAGGGACAGGAGUGAUGAUCACACGGGGUAUGUUUGGCAAGGACGAUGGGCAGAUUCAGUGGUACGGCAUCAUUGCUACUACCAACAUGUCACUGGUUCGGCCCCCGCAGGAAGCCAUCAACCACACGUGGUACGACCACUACUAUGGAGGACGUGACUCCUACCUGGCCAUCCUGAUUCCCAACCCCUUCUACCCCGGGCCCUGGGCUGUGCCGAGAUCCUGGAUGGUGCCUAUGGGUACAGAGGACUGUGGCCAGACCCAGGAGAUAUGUAAUGGGCAACUCAAGGCGGGCUCCCAGUACCGGUUCAGUGUUGUGGCUUUUACCAGACACAGCCCUCCUGAGACCAUUAUCUCCUUCUCAGCCUUUUCAGAGCCCCGGGCCAGCAUCUCUGGGGCAGCCAUGCCCCUCCCCGCAGCAGUGGCCAUCAUGGGGGGCUGUGUCCUCACCGUCUGUACCGUGCUGGGCCUGCUGUGCUGGAGGAGGGUGAAGGGGCACAGGGCAGAUAAGACUCGGUUUUCCCAAGAGCUGACAGCUUACAACCUGCGGCGGACCCACCGGCCCAUCCCAAUUCAAAGCUUCCGGCAGAGCUAUGAGUCCAAGAGUGCACAUGCUCACCAGGCUUUCUUUCAGGAGUUCGAGGAGCUGAAGGAGGUGGGCAAGGAGCAGCCCAGACUGGAGGCGGAGCACCCGGCCAAUGCCACGAAGAACCGUUACCCACACGUGCUACCCUAUGACCACUCCCGGGUCAGGCUGACCCAGCUGGAAGGAGAGCCCCACUCCGACUACAUCAAUGCCAACUUUGUCCCAGGUUACACCGACCCUCAGGAAUUUAUUGCCACCCAAGGGCCUCUCAAGAAAACUCUGGAGGACUUCUGGCGGCUUGUGUGGGAGCAGCAAGUUCACAUCAUUGUCAUGCUGACUGUGGGCAUGGAGAAUGGGAGGGUGCUGUGUGAGCAUUACUGGCCAGCAGACCCUACCCCCAUCACCCACGGUCACAUCAUGGUCCACCUGCUGGCCGAGGAGCCUGAGGAUGAGUGGACGAAGCGGGAAUUCCAGCUGCAGCAUGUUGUCCAGCAACAGCAGCGGAGGGUGAAGCAGCUGCAGUUCACCACCUGGCCAGACCACAGCGUCCCUGAGGCCCCCCGCUCCCUGCUCACCUUUGUGGAGCUGGUACGGGAGCAGGCGAGGGCCACCCAGGGCACCGGCCCCAUCCUGGUGCACUGCAGUGCGGGUGUGGGCCGCACAGGCACCUUUGUGGCCCUGUCAAGGCUGCUGCGGCAGCUGGAGGAGGAGCAGACGGUGGACGUGUUCAACGCUGUGUAUGCGCUGCGGCUGUACCGGCCCCUUAUGAUCCAGACCCCGAGCCAGUACAUCUUCCUGCACAGCUGCCUCCUGAACAAGAUUCUAGAAGGGCCCUCUGCCACCUUCGAAGCUGAGAAGACUAGAAGCGGGAGCUGGGGAACCCCGUGUGCCUUGUCCCCUGUCCACCCCUCCCCCAGGUCCCAGCCCAUCUUGGUGACAAACUUUGCACAGGCCUGCGCCAAGAGGGCGGCCAAUGGCAACGCUGGCUUCUUGAAGGAGUACAAGCUCCUGCUCCAGGCCAUCAACGACGUGGCUGACUCUUCUGCACCCCCUCCUGGCUAUGAGCAGGACAGCACGGGCUCCUACGACGACUAUCAAGUGCGGUUUUCUCCAGUGGAGGACAGCCCCCCUAAUGAGAUGCUCGAAGCCUGUCUUUUCUCUGGUGGGCCUUCGGGCCAUGACCACGUUGUGCUGACUGGCCCUGCCGGGCCCCGGGAGUUCUGGGAGCUGGUGUGGGAGCACAGGGCCCACGUGCUGGUCUCCCUGUGCCCGCCUGACACCUGGGAAAAGGAGUUCUGGCCAACGGAGAUGAGGCCUAUUGUCACAGACAUGGUGACCGUGCACUGGGUGGCCGAGAGCAGCAUGGCAGGCUGGCCCUGUACCCUCCUGAGGGUCACACAUGGGAAGAGCAGGAAGGAGAGGCAGGUGCAAAGACUGCUGUUCCCGUGCUGGGAGCCAGGGCGGGAGCUCCCGGCCACCACCCUGCUGCCCUUCUUGGCUGCCGUGGGCCGGUGCUGCUCUCGGGACAAGACAAAGCCAGGCACGCUGCUCAGCCACUCCAGCAAGGGUGUGGCCCAGCUGGGCACCUUCCUGGCCAUGGACCAGCUGCUACAGCAGGCGGGGGCUGAGUGCACCGUGGACAUCUUUAACAUGGCCUUGCAGCAGUCACUGGCCUGUGGCCUCAUGACCCCAACAUUGGAGCAGUAUAUAUACUUCUACAACUGUCUGAACAGCGCACUCAUGGACGGGCUGCCUUGAGUCAGCACUGGUCAUCGUGCUUAUGUGGGAACAGAAGAGGUCUGGGCCCUGCCAGGCAGGGACCAGCAGCCUCAGCACACCCGCUGGGGCCUGGCUUCUUGUGUUGUGACGGGCAG